CAGUUGAGACAGUUCGAAUUAAUAAUAGUGCGGCUUUAUCUACACAAUCUCAAGAUCAGAAGUUCUCAAGAUGCCUCGUUGCUGCUUCCUCGUUGCGUUCCUCUGUCUAGUCGUAGUUGGCGCUAGAUCGGCUCAAGCAGCCUACGCCGAUGAUUGCAAUACCCCAAAUGGAGACAGUGGUCAAUGUAUGCCAUUCUCCUCCUGCUCCGACAUUGAGCAACAACUUCUGAAGGCCCAAAAAAGUGGACAGGGUCUGUCUCCAGAAUAUGCUGGCUAUUUAAAGAAUGCAGCCUGUGGCGAGUUUAACAAUGUGGGACACUUUUGCUGUGCCAACAAUCAAAUUCAGCACAACUCCAAGGUCAUGAAGCUAUUUAAAAGUAGCAACUUCACCUGUGGAACCAUUCUCAGCCAGCGUGUGUCCAAUGGUUAUGAAGUUCAGCUCUCCUCCAGACCUUGGAUGGCUUUGUUGCGUUAUCAGAGCAUUGGCCAAUCUCGUUUCCUCUGCGGUGGCACUCUCAUCUCAAAUCGUUAUAUUCUGACCGCUGCACAUUGUGUAUAUGGACUGGAGGAUCAACUUUACGAAAUUCGACUGGGAGAGCAUCGCAUUUCCACGGAGAGGGACUGCAGACGGCAGGGACGCAAAGAGAAGUGCGCUCCGCCAGUGAAGGAUGUGGGCAUAGAGAAGUUCCUGCUACAUGAGAAAUACGAUUCCAGGCGCAUUACAAAUGACAUUGCCCUGCUGCGUCUGAACUCCAGCGUGACCUUUGAGAAACACGUCAAGCCCAUUUGUCUGCCUAUCACGGAUAAACUGAAGCAAGAGGCGGAAUCUCUGUCCAAUUACUUUGUUACGGGUUGGGGCACCACCGAGAAUGGAUCCUCCUCGGAUGUUCUGCUGCAGGCGAGUGUUCCGAUCCAGCCCCGAUCAGCCUGUUCCCGUGCCUAUCGACGUGAUGUCCUGGACACUCAGCUCUGUGUGGGAGGCGGCGACCUGCAGGACUCCUGUAAGGGUGACUCUGGAGGACCGCUUCAGGCCCCCUCCCUCUACCUGGAUGAGUACAAGGUGCGCAUGGUGGAGUUCGGCAUUGUGAGCAUGGGCGUCACUUCCUGCGGACAGAUCAGUCUGCCGGGUAUCUAUACCAAUGUGGCCCCGUAUGUACAGUGGAUCACAGACACGAUGGCCAGACAUGGCCUAUAAAUAAGCAACUUACUCCAACAUCUCUAACAACUUUGAUCAAAAUAUGUUGAAACUUUAGCUAUAAGAAAAUACAUUGCAUUUGUGCUAAACAACUUA